CUGAUUAAACUGUGCCUUGAAUACCGUAUAAAUACAAUUGCACGCGUUUCAUGAAUCAUGAACAUAAAACUUUCAUCUGUAAUAUUGACGAUUCCACAUUACGCACAUUAAAAUGGCAGAGUUGGACUUUACCGAACUGAGUGAACUGACCAAGAUCAAGGUAAACGGUUUAAGAAAACGCAAAGCACCGCCGUCCAGUGUUACGUCGAAACACUCGAAACGUAAACAUAAAUCAGACACUUCCAGCGUGUUCUCGCUGACGACUAGCUUGGCCUACGGUGCCCGCGAUGUGGAAGACCCAGAUGAUCCAGAUGACGAAGAAAUUUACGAUGAAUCCAUCUCUGUAAACGAAAAACCGUUAAAUGUAAGCAUAUUACCGUGGUUUUCCGGUCAUACACCCGACGAUUAAUAUUAAUCAGACGAUCUACCUACUUAUUAAUAGUCUUCUAAUUAUUAAAAUAUGUUGUAAAAUUCGAAAUUGUUUUCAUAAUUACUUGUUAUUUUGUUUACAGUUUGUCAAUUUAGAUUUAUCUACUUUGAACAGAGAAAAUGGCAUUCUGUUUUCAGAAGAUCUAACUGACAAAUAUGAAAUUUGGACAUUGCAGUGUCCUGAUGAUGUAAGUAAAUCCUAGUGACCUAAUGAAAUCAUUAGGCACCUCUCUGUAAUUAUGAUAUAAUGCCAUGUGUGGAUAUCUGAUUGAUUUCUACUGUCUAAGUCCUGUAUUUAAGAAGAAGCUAGAUUUGAAUUUGUUGUCUCUGUCUUAGAAAUGCAAAGUAUAAAAUAUUUGCACCCAGUAGCACUGAUUUUGUGCUAUUAAUUUUUAUGUCAUAGUGAAUUGACCUAUUAUUAAACUUAAAGGAGAGAACAUUAUUUGUUAUCAGUUUUUAAAUUUUUGAGCGAGAUAUGAGUGAAAUAAGCACAUAUAUGUUCUUCUUUCCAAGAUGUCUGAUAAACUAUAUGAUAAUUUACUAAAAAAUUAAAACUCAAAAUUGGUUCUGCGGAACACAAAUUUGCUAUUUGUUAGAUUAUAUUACAGAGACAAUAAAUGGAUAUUAAGUGUCCACUUAAAUACUCAUCCAUAAAUUUGUCAGUUAAUUGUGAAUCUCUUACUUGAAACAUCUAGUUGGUGCUGUUAUAGUCAUUAUAUCUUCAAAUGUAUUGUACAAUUUGUAAUUCAACCAUGUCAAAUGUGUUUCAGUAGAGUGGAUUUGAAUAAAUUCAAUGGAAAAUAAUUCAAUUUCCUUAAUAGUUUGAAUUGAUUCUCUAAUUUAAAAAUUUUAUAUUUUAUGUUAAGUUCUAAAAAAUUAGAAAAAAUCUAAAUUAAAUUAAAAACAACAUUCUUUUUUUUUUAAAUUAUUUAAUUUUUAUUUUUCUCAAUUGUUAUUGUCUAUUUAUGUUAUUUUUAAAUUCCGUUGUAAUUUGAUUAGAAAUGCUAGUAGAGAACUGAAAUUGACACUGAAUACAUGGAUUUGUAAUUUAAAAAUAUGGCAAUAUUUUAAGCUAUUUAUAUCCACUUGAAAUUUUGAGUUAUAUUUGGUUUAAAGUGGAUACAAUUUUUGGAUUUAUCAAAAAUAUUUGAAAAUGUAAUAUAAGGUUUAUCAUAACUUGUUCCUGUGGCUCUACACAAACUUUGAAAAUCAGUAGUUUUUGUUUUUAUUUUGAACAGUUUGAAAAAUAUUCAAAUUUUAAAUGAAGUAAUAAAAAUCAAAUCAUAAUAGUUUUUCUUAGUGAAUAUUAGUUUGACUAGUUUAAUUUAUAUAAUUAUCUAUUAUAUUAUAUGGGUGUCACUAAAAAUUGAAUGAAUAUUGGAACUAAGUAAAUUAUCUAGUAUAAAAAAUGUUGGUCAGUACUAAUUGUGUUAGUGUAAUUUUAUAGGUUAAUAUAAGUGAAUUGCAAGAUAAAAAGAUAGAUUUUGAUAAUGUUUCAUCUCUAAAAAUUCCAAAUUCUAUGUCUGAAAAAGUUGAUGUGAUACCGUAUAAAAAUCAAGAAAAAACAACUAUGACAAUUAUAACUCCAAGUGAAAAUACAAAAAAAUUGUCUUUAAGUAAGCAAAUUAUUUUUAUUGAAAAUAUUGUAAAUUGUAAUGUAACAAUUUUAAAUAUUGAUUGGUAAUGAAUGUAGGGUUAGGGACUUCUACCAUUAAGUUAAUAUUUCUAAAAGAUUAUAAAAAAAAAAUAACAGUAAAAAUAAAUACUAUUCAUUAAGUAAGGAAUCUAAAUUUUAUUUUACAAUUGUUUUUUUUUAGAGCAUUUUAGCAGUAUGUAACUUAAGUGAUAUAAAAGGACAUACACUUAUCUUAUUGUAUGUUUUGUAUUAUACAUACCUUUUUUAAAUUUAAUAAUAAUAUUUAAAAAAAAGUUUUUGCCAGGCAAUUUAAAUAAAAAUAUUUUUCUUAGAACAUAUUUUAGUGUAUAUUUUUUUAUUUUAUUUUUUUAAGCAUAUUUGCAUGUUUUUUAAACCUAGAAGUCCCUAAGCUUAGUGAUAAUGACAGUAAUAAUACAAUAUUUACUAUAGGUUGUUCAUUUAUAUUUUAUAUAACUUAAAUAAAAUUUAAUAGUUAAUUCACAAUUUAAAAUGCAUUUUUGUAUUAUAUUAUUUUUUCAUUUAGAUAUAGUACCUUUAGCCGGGACAAUAAUAUUAUCUAAUCGCGUAAAGAAAAUAAAAUUAGAAAAUCAAAAUUCACUUCCAGUAGACACAAUAGAAGAUGCGACCAGGCGACGAUCAGAAUUGUUUACAAAAAUAACUCAAAGAUUGUCACAAAAAUAUGAUUUAAGUUCUACGGAAACACAAAUUGAGAAUGAAAAAGUAACGCCAAAAAAAAGAAAAGGUAAACAAAAUAAGUACUUUUAUUAUUCAGUCUAAUCAAUGAUGAAUUAAAUAUAUAUUUUAUUGAAUUCGUUCAGUUCAAAAUGGUAUCUAACUACUUAAAAAUUAUAAUCAUUAAUCAAUACUAUAAAAAUAAUAAUAAUAAUAAUAUUUAUUGACAUUUCAAUGGAUAAUAUCUACAAUAUAUAAAUUAAUUAGUUUUGGUUUCUAUUUCAAACGAUAAGCUUAUGUCGAAAAAUGGGUGAGUUCAUUAUUAAGAUGUGAAAAUAUUUUCCUUUAAGAAAACUAUUUUAAACACAGCAUAUAAUAAUAAAUGUUUUAUUAUUUAAAUUAAUUUGUUAUACAGAAUCAAUAUACAAAUUUCAUAUGUUAAUAUACCUUUUAAAACAAUAAAAAGAUUUUAAGUAUAAAAUAUUUAAUUCUUACGUUUUUCACUUAUUUAUUUGAGAAAGGUAAGAUGAGAAUUGUCAAAGAGUAAUCCCAUAGAUACCACAGUAUUCUAAUUAAUUUAUCAAAAUAUGACUGACAGAGUCAAAUACUUUUUUCAAUUCGAAAGUCAAGAAAAAUCUCUAUUACACUAUUACUUCUAUCCAAACUUAAAUAGAUGAAAUUCAAAAAGCUAUUCAAGGCGUUAUUUGUAGACUACAGUUUGUCUACUUAAAUUGAUUAUUAGAAAAAUUUUACGUUUAUACUAGAAUCUUAUUAUAUUUCAUACAUUUUUUAGAUAUUUUCAAAAUUGAUUUUAUUAAAUAGAUAGGUUUGUAAUUGGUACAGAGUUCUCAGUUUUACCAAUGUGUCUGAGGAAAAAAAUGUCCUAAAAAUGGACAUAAAAAAAUAUAAUACCUAUAUAAUUAUAAUUAAUUAAUAUAAAUAAUAAAAUAAAUAUAAUUUUAAUACGUAAUAAUAUUAUUAGGUAUAAUAAUCAUCUUAAAAGUAAUAAAAAUGACAAUAAUAAAAUUUACCAAAAAUCUAUGCAAUUAUUGUAUAAUAAUUAAAAUUAAUAUAAAAAAAUAUAUAUAUUAUUCUACUCUACUAUACUAUAAGCAUUGCCAACAUAGUGUGGUUAAUUUGUGUUAAAUGGUACGAGAAUACCCAUUUAAACAUUAUUUUGAUGUAUUUCUAUUAAGUUUGAUUAACUUAUGAGUAGUUAUUAUUGUAAAAUUUAAAAAAAAAUAAGAAAACUUUACGUUGAUAAUAUAUUUGUUUGCAUUGGUAUGUUACAAAUCAACAAAACGGACCAACUGAUAAGAAAAUAAUAUCAAUGUAAAGUAAUAAACCGUAUUAUUAUUUGUCAUAUUGAUUGCUCAUAUAGAAUCACAAUCAACAUCUAUAUACAAUGUAAAAAUAAAUUAUAUAGACUGUACAACCCUUCAUAAUAUCAGUUCUAAUCAAAAGUAAAACCAAUAGAAAAUUAUAAAUAUUAAAGUAAAACCCGUUCCUAUCGACUUGGGUUAGUUCUUGUUAUCUAGCUAUACCUAUAGUGUAAAAGUUGGAUAUUUUUACCUCCGGACAUUUUUUCUUCAGACAUUUUUACCUACAACCAUAGAGUUUACUAUCCCUUGAUUUACAUAAGGUAACAGUGCAAGUUUUUUUUAAAUUGCAUUGGAAUACCAAUGCUAGAAAGAAUUUCUUUAUUAUAAAUAACUCUUAAAGAAGUUGUAUAUGUUUAAGUAUUCUAUUUGUAAGUUUUCCACGAAAGAAAGUAGAAUUAUCUUAAAUAAAUAAUACUCAUAAUGUAACCUCAAUUUCGUUUAAAUUAAUAUGUUCUAAUUAAUUGAAUUAUUUAUAUAACAUUUUUCAUGCAUAUCUGAUCAAGAUAAAUUUUUGUAACCAUUAGAUUUUAUUAUGUCUGAGAUACUCUUCCCAUUAUUAAAAAUUUAAAAGUUAGAUUUCUUUGUGAUACCUUGUUUAUUAGUAACUAAUUUAUCAUGUUUAUUUUUAAUAAUAUUAAUAGGUUUGUUAGUUUAUAAUCACAUGAAUACGUGUUACUAACCUUUCUGAUAAGGAACCAAACUUUUUAUUAUUAUUGUGGCUCUGAAGUUCCUUUUUAUGAUACAUAUUCUUAGCUACCAGAAUUAAAUUUUGUAAUAAGUUCUAUAUUUAAUUUAAUCAUCGUUCGCUUUCUUAUUAAACAAAUAUUUUAGUUUUUUAGAACAUAAUUUUUCUUUAUGCUAAUUGAUGUAAUAAUACCACUAGAUAUCCAUAUUUUAAUUCAUUUUUUUCUUACAUUACUUAUACCUUUUUUAUUCUUGUAGCUGAAACACUAAAUAUGUCUAAUCGAGUUAAGCAAGUAAAAUUAGAAUAUCAAACAGAACUUCCAGUUGGUUUUGACACUACAGAUGACGAAAACAAAAAAAAAAAAUCAGCAAAAAAAAGUACUCAAAAUGAUUGUACAGAAAUACAAUUUAAGGAAGAAGUAGAAUCACCUAGAAAAAUUAAAAAAAAAAGUAAGAGAAAAUCAACAAGUUAACUAUGGUUGUUUUAAUAUUCAAUUUUCUUUGUGAAUAAAUAAUUGUUUUUAAAAUUUUAAUUUUUUAAAAUUAUUUUUAUUGAACCUUCAGUUAUAUCUACAACAUUACUAUUAUAAUUAAUUUUUUUGUUGGAAUCCUAAAUGCAAAAUAAAAUAGAGGAUUCUUCCACAUAACUUCUCCAUUUUCAAACCAAAUUUUAUAUACAUUUCAUUGUGUAUCUUAAAUUUCAAUACAGGUUAGGUUAGAUAUCGUUGUUAAUAUCAUAUAAAAUCAGAAUAUAGUAAGUAAAAUGAUGCAGUUUUGACUAUUUUUGUAUAAAUUUGAAAUUUAAAUGCUUUUUAAAAAAAAAAAAUUGUGAAUUCAGAUUUUUGAUAUUUGUUUGUUGCCAUAAGAACAAGUUAUACUUACCUUAUAUCAAAUGUGUAUCUAUUACUAUUCUUACUGAAACACCCAAGGCAUGAUAUUAUUUUAAAAAGAAAACCUUUAAUGCCCAAUCAUUUAAAAUAUUAUCUACUACGCGACAAAAAUACACA